UGGAUUUACUCCCGAAAAGACCGUGGAGAAAAACCAGCGGCGUACUGUCCCCUUUUCCGUCGAAGACAUCAUAUGUUAAAGCCACAGGUCUGAUCAAGGAGAGAAGACUGAACAUUAGUCGUUCGGAUAAAUAUUAAACAUUGAUCACAUCACAAACCAUGAAAGCUGUCACGUUAACUACAGCUACAUAACUUGCUAGCUAGAUGGGACAGCACCCACAGAAAGGACUUGCUUUCGCCACCUUGAAUGACUUUCUGCAGGGCUGUCUGAGUGGUGUUGGAAGAGAAUGUCCCUCAACAUUUCACUCCUGCAGCCUCAGAUCAAUUCCUCCUUUGGAGAUGGUCAGGCAACUGUGGAUACCUUUUUACUCAACAUCGAAAUUGUGUUCUGCUUCAUCAUUAUCAUCCUGGGAACCAUCGGCAAUGGCCUAGUCAUAUGGGUGGCUGGCGUCUGGCUGCGGACUAAAGUCACUUAUGUCUGGCUAGUGAAUUUGGCCAUUGCCGACUUCAUCUUCUGCCUGACCCGCGCCAUCUCACUGGCCCAGAAGUACCAAGGCGACUGGACAUUCGGCGUCUUCCUCUGCAAGUUCAACGCCUUCUUCAAGUACGCCAACAUAUUCUGCAGCGUCUUCCUGCUGGCGGUCAUUAGUUUGGACCGGGCGCUGUGUGUGUUGCGGCCCGUCUUCACUAAACAGCACCGCACUGUCUGUGCUGCGCGGCUGGUCAGUGCUGUGGUGUGGGUAGUGGCGUUGAUCAUGAGUGCACCAUACUUCAUCUAUUGGAAGGUCUACCCUGCCAAAAACAGACACAAGUGUGGCUUGAAGGGAGACGAUGGAGAACCCGCCAAGAUGGCCCUCAUCGUCAUACGCAUCUUGUGCGGUUUCAUCCUCCCAUUCGUGGUCAUCCUGUGGUGUUCCGUGCUUGCGGGUGUAGGGAUCCGGCGAACAAACCUGACGGGAAAGUCCCGUCCCUUGCGGAUGCUCGUCGCCCUGGUCUCUGCUUUCUUCCUGUGUUGGGCACCCUACCACUGCUUCCGGCUGGCCAAGGUGAUCGACAGCAAGAACCAGACCAUCAAAGUGGGUCUGGUACUGACCAAGAGCUUGGCCUACUUCAACAGCUGUGUCAACCCGGUGCUGUACUUCUGCAUGGGUCUCAAACACGGUUGGCUGCGACAGUUCAGAAAUGCUGUUGUUUACCACCCUGCUAUCCGUGGUGACACCCCAAAUGGCUCUAGCUCAUCCCCUUAGAAUUGUAAGGUUCUAACUGACAUUUUUGUCUAAAUUGAGUCAUUGACAUAUUCUUAUUCUGUGACAACU